AUGCCGAUGUUGCAACUGACGCAAGAGGAGAAACCCAUCAUUUGGCAGCCCUUCAAGUGUCCAAGAGGUCAAGCCCUUGAAGGUCUUGGCAAGAGGACCCUGGGCGCCCGGAUUCGCGGCUCCACCCAGUCGGUCGCCACGGUGAAGCGCUUCGUGGAAGACGACGCCAAGCCGCCGGAGGUGAUCGACGAGGCCACGGUGGCCUCCCACAAGCUGGUGCUGUGGACCCCCGCCGAGGACAACCCGGAGCGGCGCAAGGAAGUGGUGGUGGACUACGAUGUCUCGUGCAAGCUUCGGGAGCAUCAGCGGAUCGGAGUACCUCGUCUCCGCACAGUGCAAUUCCUCUUCGACUGCUUGAUGGGUCUCAAGGACUUCAACGGAUGCGGCUGUAUCCUUGCGGAUGACAUGGGCUUGGGAAAGACCUUGCAGUCCGUGGCAGCGAUUUGGACUCUCCUGACGCAGGGCGGCCCAUACGGCCGCGGCUGCUGCCGCAAGGCCCUGGUGCUGUGUCCAGCCUCACUGGUGAAGAACUGGGCGGGGGAGCUUGACAAGUGGCUCCAUGGAAAGUGCAAGUACCACGCCUGUGCAGUGACUGGCCAGGCGCAGGUGGCGGGCACCUUUGGGUCCUUCAAGUACGACCGCGAUUCGCGGGUGCUCAUCGCCUCGUACGAGACCUUUCGGAACCAUGCCCGCGAGGUGGAGGACUGUGGCAUUGACCUGGUGGUUUGCGACGAGGCGCACAAGCUGAAGAACGACGAGGCCGCCACCACCAAGUGCAUCUCUGCCUUGCCCGCUAAGCGGCGGCUGCUGAUCUCUGGCACACCCAUCCAGAACAGCUUGGAGGAGUUCUUCACCUUAGUCAGCCUUGCCAACCCAGGCGUCUUCGGCGAGCUGUCGGAGUUCCGGCGCAAGUUUGCCAACCCCAUCUUGCGCGGCCGCGAGCCCACGGCCACGCGGGAGGAGCGGCAGAAGGCCGAGGAGCGAUGCCGAGCAAUGCGGGUGACAACCGGGACGCAAGAGACGGAUGGACGUGGGAGCAGCUUGGGGGAGAUGUUGUCCGAAGUGUCUCACGUCACGGACCAGUUCAUCCUCCGGCGUACGAACCGCUUGAACGCGCGCUUCCUGCCGCCCAAGCAGAUCCUCAACGUGUUCGUGAUGCCGACGGACUUCCAGCGGCGCCUCUACCGGAGCUUCCUGAAGUCCAACGUGGCGCGGAAACUGCUGGAGGAUCAGAAUUGCAAGCUGACAGGGUCAGUUCUCAGCACCAUCAAGAAGCUUCAAGGCUUGGUGAACCACCCCUUCUUGGUGCGCUCAGCCCAACAAAAGCUGGAGGCUGGAUUUGAUGAUGAUGAGACUCGUGCCAUGUUCGAAGAGAUCGACCGCAUGGACAAGAGCCUCCGUGCCCGUGGGGCGGAAAAGCCCGUGCGGGAGGAACUCUCGGGGAAGUUGGCCUUGGUCCACCAGAUCUUGGCACAGAUCAAAGCUAGUGGGAACGGCGAUCGGAUCGUGUUGAUCUCCAAUUGGACGCAGACCUUAGACCUCAUCGAGCGGCUUUGCGCACAAUGCAAGUGGCCCACGCACCGCUUGGACGGCAGCAUGGCCAUCAUGAAGCGAAUGAAGCUGGUGACCGAUUUCAAUCGCCCGGAGAACGAGCAUGCCUUUGCCUUCCUGUUGAUCCUCCCCCAGCAUCCACUCAUGGACUUGCUUCGGGGUCACCUUUGUUGCGCGGUGGCUGGCGUGGGAUUUGCCGUCAAUUAUCUACCAGUGAAGAAGUUUGAUACCGGAGAUGGCAUUUUCUUCUGUGCAGCAAUGUCCAUUGGCAUUCUCUCGGUGGGACUUUGGACUGGCAUGUUCUUGACCAGCGAUGGCUUCCCAGCAUUUGAGCCCUUAGCCGCACUGGGUGGAGCAGUGUGGAUGCUCGGAAAUCUCAUGUGUCCCCAGAUCAUUCAGAUGAUUGGUUUGACGAUGUGGGAUCUCAGCAACAUGCUGGUGGGAUGGCUCAUUGGGCGUUUUGGCCUCUUUGGUUUGGAGAAAGACGUGGUGCACGAGCCAAUGUUGAACCUGAUGGGCUUGAUCCUGGCCGCUUUGUCCUUGGUCUUCUUCUUCGUCUCCUCGGUCCUCAACGUGUCACCGGCGCAAGACGCGCGCGGACCCAGCUGCGAGCCGCGCGAGCCCGAAGCGCCGAUCGAGCCUGAAGAUGAAGAAUCCAUGAGGUACGGCCAGCAGGCUUCAAAGGUGGAACCGGAACCGCUGGGACUGCCUCGGGUGGAACGUGUCCAGUCAUGGAUGUCUGAGAUGGUCCACCCGCGCGCUGGGCCUAGCUCGUGCCUGGAAGACGGAGCAAAGGAUGAGAAGGCUGACUUGAUAGCAGCGUUGCCUGGGGAUGCCACGAUUUUUCAGCUCUUCUUUGGUUCUUGCAUGUCUAUCACUGCUGGCGUGCUUUUUGGCACCACCUUCGUGCUACCCACGGCGUUGAAGGAGGGAAUCGUUGGGGAUCAUCACAGCUCCGACAUCAUGGACUAUGUCUUCAGCCAUUUCCUUGGCAUUUUUAUCACCUCCACCUUGGCCUUGUUCAUCUAUCUCGGAAUCAAGCGGGAAAAGAGCUUCACACCUUUGAGCAUCAUCGUGCCUGCCAUCUGGUCCGGAGUGAUCUGGGGCAUUGCGCAGGUCGCAUGGUUUCAAGCGAACUUGGAUUUGGGAUUCUCGGUGGCCUUCCCCAUGGUCGCCAGCCUUCCUGGAGUUAUUGGUUUGGCCAUCGGCAUUUGCUGCUUCAAGGAGCCGCCGAACCGGGACGUCCGGGUGGAACGUGCCCCGACCCGGCGCGGGGAUGGUCCGAAGGCGAUGGCACGGGUGUGGCGCGAUGGGCAAAAGAAGCCGUGCUACAUCUACCGGCUCUUCACCACCGGGACGAUUGAUGAGAAGGUCUACCAACGCCAGAUCUGCAAGGUGAGUGGCCAUCUCUGGGAAGAGUGGAUUGCUUCCUGGCAGGAUGGCCUUUCAAACAUGAUGGUCACGGAGACAGGAGAGGAUGAAGCGCAGAUGACCGAAAGCCUGGCAUCGGAUCUGGUGAAGGAUUUGUUUACCUUUUCGGAGAAGACCGCCUGUGCCACACACGAGAUGUUGGGCUGCCAGCGGUGUGGCGCAGGCCUCCCCGUGCCACAGGAGGAGGAAGUGCUGGAGGAUGACCUCAGCACUUGGUCCCAUCAUCCAGGAACUGAAGGUGUGAAAGACGAGAUCCUUCAAGCUGCAGCCAAGGAGCUUUCGACGCUUCGUACCUGGACACGAGGCCGAGAAGACAGACGGUUCAGACGUUCGUUCGAGCUCAACUCGGAGUGUUUUUCAGGGGCCUCCAGACUUGGAUGGGGUGGCCCACCAAUCCGGAUCAGGCCGGGGUAUGUAUGGGGAAGGUGGUUCGGUGGGGUGACUGGGGAUGACUGGGGAUGUAUGGUACCAGUAUGUGACAAUCCUGAUGAGGUUCUUACCUUUGGAGGUCCUUGGAAGUUCAGGGGUUGGUCAGGCGGGUCGUGUUCUGACUUGUCCUGA